GAACCCUUUUAUUUGUUUCAUAAGGUUGAGGUUAUGCAAAUAAAAACAAAGCCGAUCAAUGUUCAUAAUUUACCUUCUUUCACUGUAGCCAUGUUUUCGAAUAUUGCUGAUGGUACUCUUCCUCAAUAAUGUAUUUCACCGGUAGAGAGAUUGUUACUAAAAUAGCUGUAUAUUUUACGUGCUCUUAUUGGACACGGUACCACUCUUCCCUUUUUAUGAAGCUAAAUUGGCCGCGCGCAUGCGUUGGAGAACGUAUCAAGUAUUGAAAAACGAAAAACAAUUUCCUAAUAACCCGCAAAUUUGUCGGUAAGAUAUUUGCGUUUGCUAUCAGAAAUAAUUUUAUUACUCAAGACAUGAACUCCAGCGGCCUCAGACAUCUGACGUUCGUAUGUUUUAAAACAACAUGCGCCUACUUGACGGGUGGGGGAUACUACUAUCAACCACGUGGUAGUAUAAAUAGCGAAACAUAACGAAAUGUUUGAAUUUCUUAUUUAUAAACUAAAAUUAACAAUAAUUUCUUACACAAUCAGUGGAAACCAGAGCUGGGGAUUACUCGACAGGUGGAAUAUUUUUGAAGAUUUGAAGUAUGGCAGAGGCAGGAAAUCAAAUUUGCACAUACAAUCAUAACAAUGAAGAGGAAGAUUUGGCGUGUGCAAUGGAAAGUGUUGGAAUAAGUAGAAGGAAGAAUAGAGGACAAGUUUCUUCUGGGUUAACGCACGAGUGCGGUGUUUUUGGUGCCAUAGGAUGCGGGGAAUGGCCAACAAGUCUAGAGAUUUCACAGAUUGUAUGUUGGGGAUUGGUUGCACUACAGCACAGGGGACAAGAGUCAGCCGGUAUAGUCACAAGCGAAGGAAAAUGCUCCAAAUACUUCAACGUACACAAAGGAAUGGGAAUGAUUAGCAACAUAUUCAACGACCAAGCGAUCAAAAAACUAAAAGGCAGUAUUGGUAUUGGCCAUACCAGAUACUCAACCAGUGCCGCUUCUGAAGAAGUCAACUGCCAGCCAUUUGUGGUACACACAGCACACGGGGCUUUGGCUGUAGCCCACAAUGGUGAACUAGUUAACUGUGAUAGCCUGCGUAGACAAGUAUUACAACACGGUGUAGGUCUCUCAACUCACUCAGAUAGUGAACUGAUAACUCAAGCUCUCUGCCUCAAUCCGCCUGAAGGAGAACCAAAUGGAGAGCCUGAUUGGCCAGCAAGGAUUAGGCACUUUAUCGACUUGGCUCCUCUCAGUUACUCCCUAGUUAUUAUGCUAAAAAAUAAAAUAUAUGCAGUUAGGGACCCUUACGGAAAUAGGCCACUUUGUCUCGGAAAGAUCCUGCCAUGCAAUGAACCACUUGACGGUGAAUGUGAUGAAAGUCGAGAAGCUGAAGGAUGGGUAGUAUCUUCUGAAUCCUGUGGUUUCUUGUCAAUUGGUGCACAAUAUGUUAGAGAAGUAUUCCCUGGCGAAAUUAUAGAAAUGACACGUCAUGGAAUUCGUACAAUCGACAUAGUACAGAGACCAGAAAAUAAACAACAGGCAUUUUGCAUUUUCGAAUACGUGUACUUCGCGAGAGCAGACAGUAUUUUCGAAGGCCAGAUGGUGUACGCAGUGCGUAUGCAAUGCGGCAGGCAACUCGCAAUCGAAGCACCCGUGGAAGCGGAUAUUGUGGGAUCCGUACCAGAAUCUGGCAACGCCGCCGCGCACGGCUUCUCCAGGCAGAGCGGUAUCUCGUUCGCGGAGGUGCUUUGCAAGAAUAGAUAUGUCGGAAGGUCCUUCAUCCAACCCAGCAAUAGGUUGAGGCAGCUCAGUGUAGCUAAGAAGUUCGGAGCGUUGGUUGGUAGCGUAAAAAACAAAAGGAUCAUAUUAAUCGACGAUUCUAUUGUACGAGGUAACACGAUAGGUCCAAUUAUCAAGUUACUGAAGAACGCUGGUGCAAAGGAGGUUCACAUUAGGGUGGCCAGUCCUCCACUUUUGUAUCCCUGUUAUAUGGGAAUCAAUAUCCCAACCAGAGAAGAACUCAUUGCUAAUAAAAUGAAUGCUAAGGAAUUGGCAAAACAUGUUGGUGCUGACAGUUUAGAGUACCUAAGUCUGGAAGGUCUAAUAAAAGCGGUACGAUCGGACCUGAAGUCUAAGAACUCGCACAAAGUUGGUCACUGCACUGCCUGUCUUUCUGGAAUAUAUCCUGGCGGUGUGCCUAAUCAGGAUUCUGAUUAUGACUGGUAGAUCAUCAGAUAACAGCAAUUGAUGGUGGCAUAAAAUGUGAUUGAUAAAUUAUUAAGUAUAUGUGAGGAGCAGACUUGCAAAUUGCAUUUUGUCCAUUUUUACCAAUUUUCAGGAGAAGCAAAAAACCAGUACAGAAAAGCUAACCAUGACAGAAAAUUUUGUUCUGGAUAAUAUAAUGCUAUCAGGUGUAUCGACCUCAAUCACAAGUUUUGGUACAAGAAAGUCGAAAAACAAGUUGAAAAAAUUGAAAAAAUUGUUGGACAGAAUGCAGUUUGAUUGUCUCUAGUGGACAAAAUGCAAUUUAAAUGUCAUUGUCAAGUUAACAAUAAUAAAAAAUUUGGUUUUAUUUAAAAAAAGGUGUAUAUUGAAACAACAAAACAAAAUUUGUAAGUAUUACAAUAAUAUUAGGAGUAAACAAUUUUAUUUUUAAAGGAAUUCAUUAUCAUCAUUCUCAGCGCAUCCACAAGCUUCUUCGUCAUUUUCGUGCUCUUCAUCGUCAUCAUUACAGUUUGCCACAGUUUUCUCAAAUAUUUCAGCCAUCCAUUUCAGCUGCGGGUCUGUUUCAUACCAUUUGUCACCAGACAAUGAAACAAGUAGGUUUUUUAGACUAUCAAGCUUUUUCUGCUUUACUUCAUGUCCAAGUCGUACUUUAGGAAGUUCAAUUUGAUCCAACCGCUUUUUAGGUUUCAACAAAGUUUGGAAUUUUUUCGCUGGAUCAUCCGUUCGAUACAGCAAUUCAGAUUUCACCACAACGCCUGAGGGCUUUCCCCGUUUGAUGAUUAUUCUUUUACUUGAACUAAUUCCUAGCACUUUUUUCAAACAGAUGGAAGCUUCUUUUAUAUUCACCAAUGACCAAUCAGUUCCAAGUUUUCUGAUUUCACCUACUUGUUUGUAGAGUUCCCAAUAUUUUUCAGGUGUUUUUAUGACCGCGUGUCGUCUUAAAAUCUUUUCCACCCUCCCAAAAAUUCUAUCUGCCGGAAGAUAAGAGUGUCCUCGCACUGGGAAGAUAACUUCUAUUUUUUUAAUUGUUUCUGGAGCAAAGCGGUGUAACCAUAACAUUAGCAUGUGGAUGGUAAAGCUAUUUUUAUUUUGCCCCCCGCAUCCAUCGGAGAAGAGCCGAAGAGUGUCUAUAUUCGGGGAAAAAUUGGUCUUUUUCAAAAAAUCAAGCAGGGCGGAAGAUAUUUCUGUCGCUCCCCUGCCAGCUUGGUGUUCCAUCCAUGAAUAAAAAACAGGGUUUUUACAGUUUGUGGCUGUAACGCAAAAAAAGUAAAAUGACAGCUGCUGUGCAUAAAAAGCAUCUUGUAUGGGAACUUUUGGGAGAACCUGCACUUGUUGCAAGUCAAAACAAAAAGACACUGAGUUAGGAGAUGCUUCUUUCAUCAUUUUAUGGAACUGAGAUGCUCUAACCUUGUGAACUUUUAACUGGGUCUCAAGUUGGCCUUUAUCGAUAAUAUUCCUCGCAUUACCGAUUUGCGUUGCUGUUUUAACACAAAAAUUACAUACAUCUGUAGCCGGGCUACCAAAGCCUAUGUUGAAGUGAUUACUGAAGACCCUGCUAAAGUAUUUAUAAUUUACUUUUUUUUCAUUAGUCACUUUUUCAUUAUAGAAGUUGCAAAGUUUAGCAAUGGUGUAUUCGGCAGACAAGUAGAUUCUUCUUGAUUUAGAACGGCUGUAGUGACUUUCUUUCCCUUUCAGGUUGCUUAUAAACUUUUUCACCUCAUUUAAUUUGUUGAUAAAUUUGUGAGAUUUUCUAUCGCCUCCUCUUUUUUCAGUAAGACUUGAUCCCAUUUUUAUUUUCUGACAUAUUGUGUUUAUUCGCCUUUGAGACACGCUGAACAUAGCUCUAAAUAGUUUCUGGCAAAUUUGUUUUUUAUCACCUUCAAAAAAUAUCUGAAAAAAAACGAGAGUAAGUCACAGUUUAAAAUACAUUUCAGAUGGUUAUACUUACGAAAUAAUUUACGGAAAAAUUAUGGGACUUUCCAUUUUCUUUGCGACUUCGUUUUCGUUUUGGCUCCUUAAUCUCCAUGUAGCUUGCAAGCAAGUUGUCCUGCGUAAUUUUGUUAGGACUCUCGAAAAAGGUUUGGCGGAUUUUCAGCAUAGCUCCUUUCGAUAAUUCUUCGCAAUCAAGAUUAGAAUUUUUAUGAUUACAAACUACGUUGAAAUUGUCUAGAUUGAUGUCCAAAUUGGAAUACCUUAAAAGUGAAACGGAAAAUAAUAAAAUAUUUUAGGCUUAUAACCUAACAAAUACCUUAUUUGUUUUUUUCUCUCACGGCUUGUUGUAUUCCUUUUUCUUUUCCUACUACCCCUAUCCACACUAUCACCAACAAUAUGCUCCCCUUCUAACUGUUCCAUUUUGAUCCAAAAGCAACACUACUUCAAUGUUUUAACAAUUAAAACUUGAAAAAGUCUCCAAGGUAACACCGAACUAUAACAACAGAUUCUGAUAAAAUAAACAAAAACCCCAUCAAAAUGCAUUUUGUCAACGUUUAUGGACAAAAUGCACUUUGAAAGUACCAUGUGAGUGGACUUAAAUCAGUUUGUUUGUCUAGGUAUAAUUUUCCCCUCAAUAACACGGGGACUAAAUACAUUUUGACUGUUCAAAUGUUUAAAAAAAGAUAGUAUUUCAUCAUAGGAAUGCAGCGCCACCUGUAUCUCAAAUAUGGAAAAUUUGGACAAAAUGCAUUUUGCAAGUCUGCUCCUCAUGUAUUGUUGAUGUAUACCGGAUCGACAUUUGUAUAUUUAUUUAGUUGUUAUACUGAAUAGUGAAGUUGCGUUGCAUGAUACAAGUCAUGGAAAAUAAAGGAUCUGAAUUAUA